AUGAACCGGAAAAGUGUCCACACUCCUGUUGUUGGUCUGAAUAGCAUCCAAUUCAGCAAAUUAUUCAUAUUUGAGGAUGAUUUGAAGAAAUGUAACCUAGAAAUUCAGAAAAUUAUUAGAGAUCUGAGCAAUAAAUUAAGCAAAUUGGAUCCAAAUGGAACAAAAAGGGAGAUAGGCACGACUAAUUCCUUUAAAUGUGCGAAUAUUGAGGAUAAAAUAGAAGAAACAAUAUCAAAAAUGAAGGAAAUGAUUGAAAAUAUCAGGGAAACCAUAUCAGAAAAGACGAAAAAAUACGAAAAUAACAAGAAUAUUUUUAUUAAGGCUGAAUACAACUACAUUGAUGUAUUCUAUGCAAAUGUAAACCAUAAGGAAAUCCAAGAAUUCUAUCGAACAGCAAAUAGCCUGAAAAUCAGGGAGUGUAUUGAGGCUGUAGAUGGAAAUGCCCUAACUGAUAAUAAGAAUAGGCUAUUUAAAAUAUACACGAUCAAGAAAGAGACUGCUGGAAUACACGAUAAACUCAGAGAGAAGUUCAGGACGAUUGAGAACAUCACAGUUGAGAACAUCACAGUUGAGAAUGCGGAAGAGAAGGAGUUGUAUGGGAACUAUUUGACUGAGACCAUUGGAGUAGCCUAUGAAUUGUACAAGGAGAUCACAUUCAAGUGGGGCCUGGUGGAUGCCCUACAAAGAUACGGCUGUCCAUUGGAGUACAGUUUCACAGUUACAAAAAACAAGGGAGAAUUCUUAAGAGCGAAUAAGUUGGACAAGGAGGAAACCUGUGUAGUGGAACUGAAGGAAUUGGGUGAAAUGAUCCAAUAA